CUGGCACUGAUUUAAAUACCACACGCACUGCUGAAGUAUUAUUGUCCUCUGUACCAAAGAAUCAAACCGACAUCCCUUUCAAACCCCUCAACACCUCAUCUCAACAUCCCACCAACUUAACAUCUCGACCAACUCAACACCAAAGCUUAGUUAUCGCCGUUAGCCCGAGAUCCAAUCCACGAACCGCCGGCGCAGCAAGACACCGCCAAUUCGAUCAACCAUCCGUUGACAUUCCACAAGAAACAAUUGUCCCAAAAGCAGCGAUGGUGACCCUCCAAACCAUCCAAGCGCACAAUGCGACCCUCAAAUCCGCGAUCCCCAAUCUUGUCGCAGUAUUUGUAGGCGGCACCUCCGGCAUCUCCCUCUCCACCGCCCAGACCCUAGCACGGUACACACCAUCCCCCAAGAUCUACUUGAUCGGCCGCAGCCAACCGGCCGCCGACCGCGCCAUCGCCGACCUGAAAGCCAUCAACCCGGCCGCGCAGCCCACCUUCCUGCAAGCCGACAUCUCCCGUCUCACGAACGUCGACCGCGUCUGCGCCGAGAUCGCCGCCCGGGAAUCCCGCCUCAACCUCCUCUUCAUGACCCCGGGGUAUCUGACGCUGAAGGGCCGCGACGAGACCGCCGAGGGGCUCGACCGGAAGUUCGUGCUGCAUUACUACGCGCGCAUGCGCUUUGUGACCCAGCUCAUGCCGCUGCUGACGGCUGCUGCUGCUGCGGAGGAGCGAGGUUCUGGUGGGCUGUCGCGGGUGGUCUCGGUGCUGGAUCCGGUGGUGGCGGUGCGAGCGGGCGGGGCGGGGGAGCUCGACUUCAACGAUCUGAGUCUCAAGGACACGUUCACGCUCAAGAAGUGCGGGCAUCAUGCGGGCCUGAUGGGGAAUUUCUUCCUCGAGGAGUUGUCGCGGCGCUACCCUGCUACCUCGUUUGUGCAUGCGUAUCCGUCCGGGGUGGCGACGGGGGCGAUGCGCGAGCUGCCGGCGGGGAGGGUCUUGACGGCGGUUUUGGGGAAGGUGUUGGCGCCUUUCUUGGUGCCCAUUGGCGAGAGUGGCGAGCGCCAUUUGUUUGCGGCCACGAGUCCGAGAUAUCCUUCGCGGCUGGUGGGGGAGGCCAAGGGGCCCGGGGAUGGGGAUGUUGCUGUUGGUAGUGAUGGGGUUAAGGGGGGUGGGUCUUACUGGUUGAAUUGGGAUGGGGAGGCGUAUCCUAGAAAUACCAAUAUUGAGAGGACGAGAGAGCAGGGCGCGGUGGAGAAGGUGUGGGAGCAUACCCAGGAGGUGUUCAAGCGGGUAUGCGAGGAGGGCAAAACAUACCCGUGA